AUGUCAUCGUUGCCCAACGCUGUCUUCGCAAAGCUCAAGGAGAUAGAGCCAGAUCCCUCAGUGACAUUCACAUCUACUGGGUUCUGUGUGCGAUCGUCGGCUGGGCCUUCAUACUACGUCAAAGUGGGCAGCUCUGUUCAAGAGUCUGAGCAAUAUCGAGGAGAGGCAAAGUCACUUGAAAUGAUUGAACGAGCUGCGCCUGGACUUGCUCCUCGAGUGCUGAGCAUUGGCCAAAUCGACGGGAAUCAUGACGAAAACGACGACGAUGAAUCUGAUGGAAGUAGGCCGUACAUGAUAUCAGAGUACAAAUUCCUGCAACCUCUUCAAAGGACGCAAGCGCUGCAGCUGGCAGCUCGCCUCGCAGAAAUGCAUUCCCAUACAUCUGAUCGAGGGUUUGGUUUCGAGUGUGCAACAUACUGUGGUGCGACGCGAACCCAAGGAAGAUUUUUCGCCACUUGGUCGGAAUGUUUUGCAGACAUGAUCGGCUCGCUGCUUUCGAAUCUCAGGAAUCAAUCUUCAUACGCCGAAGUUGUGAAGCUAGGAGAUGAAAUUGUUUCAAAGGCUAUUCCUUUUCUACUCGGCCCACCCCUGCGAAUCGAGCCUGUGCUUCUACAUGGUGAUCUCUGGAGCGGCAACGUAGGGGUAGAUUCGGCGACAGGGCAGCCUGUAAUCUAUGACCCAGCAUCUUACUUUGGACACAAUGAAGCAGAACUGUCAAUUAUGCGAAUGUUUGGAGGCUUCUCAGCGUCUUUCUUCGAAGAAUACCAUAAACUCAAGCCCAAGUCGCACCCAGUGUCUGAAUAUGACAAACGACAGCUCCUCUAUGAGCUCUUUCACUAUCUGAACCAUACAUGCCUUUUCCACAGUGGCGGCUACGCCGAGCAAGCCAAGAUCCGUUGCCGGGAGUUGCUGACCUCAUGGUCUACGCUCCUCGUCGCCACAUCUAAUGCCAUUCACGCCUUUAUAAUCGAGACACCAUCUCGUUGGAACAUUGGACGAAAUACAACGCUGAGCUGGCAAACGACAGCGGAGAGCCCAGCGGAAUUCAUGGUCAUCUUGUUCAACCCAGCGCUGCUUUCGGCUCCAUGUCAGCUUGUCCAACGCGUUUCUUCUUCUCUCGGCUAUUGCAACUUCAUCCUCCCAGGCCUCGUACCAGGAGACGGGUACUAUCUCGGUUUUGUGAACCCCACGAAUCCAUGGCAGAUUUACGCGACUUCAGGAACCUUCGGCCUCGUAUACGACCCAGCUAAUGACCCCCAGUCGGUACCAGUUUCAGGAGGCGGACCAGUCCCCUCAGGUGUAGGGCCGGCACCAAUAUACAUUACGAUAUACUCGACAGUCACCGCGCCGCCGAGUACUGUUGUAGUCACUCACACGAUCACAAGCAGCAUUCCUGGCUCUGCUUCUACGACAUAUUCAUCGAGCCACAAGUCUUACGACUUGCACAAGUGGACAUGGUCUCUCUUAUUUAUACUUCUUCUAUGGACACAGCACCAACUUUGA